AUGGACGACAAAAGUCCGCCUGCCUACGGCGACAUUUAUGGGAACGUCCAAUACAAUAACGAAGAAGGCCUGGAUACUAGUACUUGUGUCGCUGACGACGGCCGUGUCAACAUAAGGAUCAAUCUCCUUCAUCGCCGUUUGUCACGGAUCUUGACUCCUGCCGUGGAUCAAAAGCUACGGGACGCUCAGAAUCAAUCGCUCGCACCUCUGCCUACUGCGUCCCCGCCACGCUUAAAUGUCGUAAUGCAGGUUGUAGGAUCGCGUGGAGAUGUUCAGCCUUUCCUUGCGCUAGGAAAGCUCUUGAAGGAUACCUACGGCCAUCGCGUACGUCUUGCGACCCAUCCCAAUUUCAAGGACUUUGUUCAGGAGCACGGCUUAGAGUUCUUCAGCAUCGGAGGUGAUCCAGCCCGCCUAAUGGCCUUCAUGGUUACCAAUCCUAGUUUGAUGCCAAGCAUGCGCAGCAUAGCAAGCGGAGACAUUGGACAGAGACGAAAAGAUGUCGCGGAGUAUAUCCAAGGCUGUUGGCGGUCUUGCUUUCAAGCUGGCGAUGGCAUGGACGAGAAUCACUCAGAGUCCCAGGCAAAAACCCAUACCUACCCCGGAGUUGUUGCGAAGCACUUUGUCGCCGACCUCAUCAUUGCCAACCCCCCGAGUUUUGCCCACAUCCAUUGCGCCGAAAAGCUGGGCAUUCCACUGCACAUCAUGUUUACAAUGCCUUAUUCUCCGACGCGGGCGUUUCCCCAUCCGCUCGCCAACAUUCAAUCCUCCAAUGUUGAUACGCCCCUUGCCAAUUACAUCAGCUUUGCUUUGAUAGAACAUCUCUCAUGGCAAGCUCUAGGAGACAUCAUCAAUCGUUUCCGCGCAAAAUGCCUACAACUGGACCCUGUGAGCGCAAUCCGAGGCCCUUGCGUGCUCCAACGUUUGAGAGUUCCUCAUACCUAUUGCUGGUCGUCUGAGUUGAUCUCCAAGCCGAAAGAUUGGGGCUCACACAUCUCCGUCUCGGGUUUCUGCUUUCUCAAGGCGCCCGACUACACUCCUGCUGCUGAAUUGUCGGAAUUCCUUAGCAAAGGCCCAGCACCUAUCUACAUAGGAUUCGGGAGCAUCGUUCUGAAAGACCCUGAUGCGAUGACCCAACUCAUAUUUGAAGCCAUAAAGAAGACUGGCCAACGUUUCCUCCUUUCCAAAGGCUGGGGCGGUUUAGGCGCAGACGAACUUCAGGUUCCUAAUGAGGUUUUCAUGCUGGGCAAUGUACCGCAUGACUGGCUCUUCAAGCAUGUUUCUUGCGUUGUGCACCACGGCGGUGCAGGCACUACGGCUGCAGGAAUUGCUGCGGGUCGACCCACCUUGAUUGUUCUGUUCUUUGGGGAUCAACCGUUUUGGGGCGCCAUGGUCGCGCGUGCUGGUGCAGGGCCUGAUCCUAUCCCUCACAAACAGCUAACAGCUUCCAAAUUGGCGGAUGCUAUUUCCUUCUGCUUGCGUCCCGAGACUUUAGAUCGUGCAAAAGAUUUGGCGAGAACGAUUGCCGAAGAGCAGGGCUGUGAAACAGUCGCCCAGUCCAUACAUCGGUCUAUAGAGCCUGACCAUCUUCGCUGCUCCCUCGCACCAUCGCGGUGCGCUGUGUGGCGUGUUAAACGUACCACGAUCAAGUUGAGUGCCUUUGCUGCUCAUACACUAGCUCAAGCAAGCCUUCUUGAUCUGCAGGAUAUCAAACUCUCCAGACCUCGAGAGCAUUAUGUCGACGAAGGACCAUCUGAUCCGAUUUCUGGAGGGUUUACAGCUUUUUUAAGAGCGGUCAGUGGGAUGUCAAAAGGUUUAUACGAUGUUCCAUCAGAGACUUGGAAAGCAACGCAGAUCUCGACUGGCCGGAGUUCCGAUGGUAUCCCUGAUUCGUCGAAGACUCAUCAAGAUUCCAGGCAGGACAAAGACAGCCAAUCGAGCCAAACUCCCAGCGACGAGCGUGACAGAAUUCGGCCAACUGGUGUACACGUAAGCAAAGGUGCUGGACGAUUCAUCAAGGCUGUUGUCCAGGGCCCUGUUGACAUAUCAGUCAACCUCACCAGAGGAAUGCACAAUAUCCCCAAACUAUGGGAGGAUGAAAGCGUACGACCCCAGGAACGAGUAAGUGACCUUAGAUCAGGCUUCAAGGCAUUAGGACGAGAAUUCGGAUUUGGAUUCUACGACGCCAUCACGGGUCUCGUCACUCACCCUAUAAAAGGCGCUCGGGACGGUGGCGCUGGCGGCCUUAUCACGGGAAUUGGAAAGGGUGUAGGUGGGUUUCUUCCAAAGCUGGGUGCGGCUUGCCUGGGCAUACUCAGUCACAUGUUACAUGGAGCUAGUAUGGAGGUACAGAAGCUGUUUAGUAGUGAUGUACAGAGCUAUAUUGUAGCCUCAAGGGUAGCUCAAGGGCACGAAGUGUGGUUGCGUGGCUCAGAUGCUGAACGGCAAAGUGUUAUAACGAACUGGAAUCUCAUACAGGGCCACGUAAAGGGAAAACACAAAAGUGGAUGGUUAGAUAAUGUUACAAUUCUACCACCACGCAGUCUUACGAUUGAGGUUAAACGUUCUUUCCCUCUAGUUCGAUCUAGCUACAACUUCACUACACCUAUAAAGUCCACCUCCCUCGUAUUUGCUAUAUGCAAUCCAAACAUUUCCCUACGCUCUCUCGUCUUCUUCCAGCAAAAUGUGUGCUCAUCAGCCCGAACAUGACUUUUACUCAUGAUACUGGUUCCUUGCAAUUGAUCUUCGAAACGAUAACUACUUUUGUCAUGUCUACUUCUUUGGAUUCUUGUGCAGCCGCCCGUGCCAUAGCCUUCUUUUUCCACCUGGUUUUGAGCUUGUAAAUAUCCAUUCUUAGGAUCUAUACAAGAUGAGCAGUGACGCACAGAUAUUAGAAGGUAGGAUGGCUGUGGGUCGCA